GGGUGCUGCGGCCGGGCCGGGUGAAUGGGAUUGAAGAAGAGUUCAGCUUCUCGGCUUGUUUUUGUGUCACAGUUUCUCUUCUCCUGCGCCUCUUCUGCUUCGUUCCUUUCUUCCCGUCCGCCCCCUGCAGGAGGAGCCCCCUGGGGAGAGGGGGAAGGAAAAGGACCUCCCAGAGGAGAGAGAGAAGAGGAGGAGGAGGAGAAGGGAGCAACCUACCAUCUUCCACUCCCAGCUUAGAUUAAAGAAAGUGAGAGGAGGAGAGAGAGGAGCCCAGAAGAGGGGGACAGGGAGGCCCAGAGGAGCCGCAGCACCUUCCCCCUAUGAAGAAGAGCCCUCCCCCUCAGAGAGAGGUCCUGCCAGGGGGACCCCAGCCAGCCACCAGCAGCAGCGCCACCAGCAGGGGGGGGCUAGAGAGCUGAAGGGGAAAAUCUGUUUUCCAGAACUGCAAUAGUGUGGAGAAAAGGAACUUUCAUUUUCUGAAGCCAGAGACUGAACGCACUGUGGAAUUAGUAAAGAGACAGCUAGAAAGAGUGGAGAAGGUAGAGGAUGGAGUUGCAGACUCUACAGGAGGCUCUGAAAGUGGAAAUUCAGGUUCACCAGAAACUGGUUGCCCAAAUGAAGCAAGAUCCACAGAAUGCUGAUUUGAAGAAACAGCUUCAUGAACUCCAAGCCAAAAUCACAGCUUUGAGUGAGAAACAGAAGAGAGUGGUGGAACAGCUGCGGAAGAAUCUGAUAGUAAAGCAAGAGCAGCCAGAUAAUAAGUUUCAAAUACAGCCAUUGGUACAGUCAGAAAACAAACUACAAAAUCCACAACAGCAACCACUACAACAACUACAGCAGCACCACCAUCUGCAGCAGCAAUCUACUGCACCCUCUCCAAACCUGAUUGGAUCACAGAAAACUGUAACUACAGGUUCUAUGAUCACCAAGACACUACCUCUCGUCUUGAAAGCAGCACCUGCAACCAUGCCUGCCUCUGUUGUGGGUCAAAGACCUACCAUUGCCAUGGUUACUGCAAUCAACAGUCAGAAAGCGGUCCUCAGCACCGAUGCACAGAAUACACCAGUCAACCUCCAGACAACAAAUAAGGUUACUGGUCAAGGAGCAGAGGCAGUCCAAAUAGUGGCAAAAAACACAGUUACUUUGCAGGUUCAGGCUACACCUCAGCCCAUCAAAGUGCCACAGUUCAUCCCUCCUCCCAGACUCACUCCUCGUCCAAAUUUUCUUCCACAGGUUCGACCCAAACCAGUUGCCCAGAAUAACAUUCCUAUUGCCCCAGCACCACCUCCGAUGCUUGCAGCUCCUCAGCUUAUUCAAAGGCCUGUGAUGCUGACAACAAAGUUCACACCCAGCUCUUUACCCACCUCACAGAACUCCAUACACCCAGUUCGUGUUGUUAAUGGGCAGACAGCAACCAUAGCCAAAACUUUCCCUAUGGCACAGCUCACCAGCAUUGUGAUAGCAGCCCCAGGUACCAGGCUCGCUGGACCUCAGACUCUACAGAUCAGCAAACCAAACCUUGAAAAACAGACUAUUAAACCCCAUGUGGAACCAGAGGAGAAGCAAACAGAGAGUCGUACCGUUACUCCGCCAGCUGCACCCAAGCCAAAACGAGAAGAAAAUCCACAGAAACUUGCCUUCAUGGUGUCUUUGGGACUGGUUACACAUGACCAUCUGGAAGAAAUCCAAAGUAAGAGACAAGAGAGGAAAAGAAGAACAACAGCAAAUCCAGUGUACAGUGGAGCCGUUUUUGAGCCUGAGCGUAAGAAGAGUGCAGUCACAUACCUGAACAGCACAAUGCAUCCUGGGACACGUAAAAGAGGUCGUCCACCUAAAUACAACACGGUGCUGGGGUUUGGGGCUCUGACCCCCACAUCCCCUCUAUCCAGUCAUCCUGACUCCCCUGAAAAUGAAAAGACAGAGACCACAUUUACUUUCCCCGCAUCUGUUCAGCCUGUGUCCCUGCCUAGCCCCAGCUCCACAGACGGCGAUAUCCAUGAGGAUUUUUGCAGUGUUUGCAGGAAAAGCGGGCAGUUGCUGAUGUGUGACACAUGUUCACGUGUGUAUCACCUGGACUGUCUGGACCCACCUCUGAAAACCAUUCCCAAGGGCAUGUGGAUCUGUCCCAAAUGUCAAGACCAGAUGCUGAAGAAGGAAGAAGCAAUCCCAUGGCCAGGGACAUUAGCAAUUGUUCAUUCAUAUAUUGCAUACAAAGCAGCAAAAGAAGAGGAGAAACAGAAGCUACUUAAAUGGAGUUCAGAUUUAAAACAAGAAAGAGAACAACUAGAGCAGAAGGUCAAACAGCUCAGCAAUUCCAUAACAAAAUGUAUGGAAAUGAAGAAUACCAUUCUGGCAAAACAGAAGGAGAUGCACAGCUCCUUGGAGAAGGUAAAACAGCUGGUCCGCCUCAUCCAAGGCAUUGACCUUUCAAAAUCCAUAAACUCUGAGGUCAAUUCAGUAGCCAUCUCUAAUGGCAUGGACACAACUAACAAUGCUAAUGCUGCCGUCUCCACCCCAGCCCCAGUCCCUUCCCAGGGCUGCAUGGUGAACUGUAACAAAGGUGAUGAGACUAAAUAACACAGUGGAGUAAGAAGGAGCCAAGGGAGGUGGCGGCGAGGAGGAGCAGCGAAAUAAUGAAACUCUAGAAAAGCAAAACCGGAUUUCUUCUGGAAAGUGCAGAAUUCUUUAGUUCUUUGGUUCCAGAGAGAGCGUGAAGAUGCUUGUGCCAGGCGGCACCGGAGUUUGCCAAUUGAUCCUUCUUAUUCUGUGUGUACAUGCAAAGUUUGGAUCAUGUUACAUGAAUAGUGCCAGCUGGGGGUUCUUUGCCAGCACCAUGCCAAGUGAAAUAAUAUAUUUACUCUCUCUAUAUUUUACACCAGUGUGUGCCUGCAGCAGCCUCCACAGCCACUAUAGGUUUGUUUUAUUUUUGUUUGGGGUGAGGAGCAGGGAUGAGGGAGGAGAGCAGGUUUCAAAUCCUUAUUUGCAGAACAGUUUGUUUAGCUAGGGAAAAAAUAAGUCCAAAGAGCCUGUGGGCUUUUCCUGUUUCUAAACUCUCAGUACUAUUAAACCAAAAAAACAGAAGUAUAAAUUAACAAAUCCCAGUGCCCAGAGGGGACAAGUCUAUCAAAUAAGCAGUAUUUACUAUUGUUUAGACAGGAGAUGUACAAAACAAAAUGGGGAUGGAUUUUUCACUGAGUAACGAGCACAUGUGCAGGCUGGGGAUUUUCUGUCCUGGCAGCUUUGGGUUAACCCUGUUUCUUCACACUAGACAAAUGAAAUGCACUGGAGAAUUGGAUUGGUUUGGAUCUUCAAGUUGAUCCAGGAAGCCUUUGUUGGGAGAGAGAGAAGAGGGGACCAAAAUGGUUGAGUUGAAGCAUUGAAAGGGGGUGUCAAGGGAAAAUGUGCAUCAAUGACUUUACUUGAAAACGAGGUUCCAACCCUUUUCUAUAUUUAUAAAACAACAAAAAUAUCCUGAACAAAGCAGCACAUGACCCAGAUGUGUGAACUGAACAGAGAAAUGUCCUUUUCUUUCAUUUCCUCUCUUUCUUUUGGUAACAAAAAAUAAAUAAGGAAUAGAAAAGCUGUUAUUCAGGCUGACCGUCUAAUUAAAGAGGUAGAUGGGACCUUGCAUGGUAUAGAUUAGAAGUAAUAGUGUCAGUGAGAUACAGUGAGUCUUUGUGAGUCCUUGUGUCAUCGUUUUGGGCACUGUUUUUUUAUGCAAGGGCAAAAUCUUUGUAUCUGGGGAAAAAAACAACUUUUUUAAAAUUAAAAAGGAAAAUAAAAGAUAUUGAGGUCUUCCUAGUGUUACUUAAAAUAAGAUCAAGGUAAGAAACAUUGUAAAAAUUAUAAAAGUGCUAUUUGUUUCCUAAACAAGUGAUUUCUAUUAAAAAGGUGUCAGAACUGGAGAAAA